CAUUAUUUGAUUGCAUAAAACAUAAGACAUAAGACAUGUGUUGGUAUUUACAAUAUAUUUGAUGAUUAAGUGAUGAUAAUUAGUGACCACCGAUGACAUGGAGAAAGAGCAGUAUAGGGGCACUAAUGUUGGUCUUAAGUUAAGUCAGUUGUCAUUCAGUAUUCCCAAUGCCAUUGAUCUCCGGAAGCAGAGUCACAUCCAAUGCAUUAAUAAACUUCUUUAUGACUCCAACUCCGGAAAGACCCGAAAGCCGGCUCUUUAUGGAGUUUUGGAUACACGACUCGGGACGAGUCAGAAGGAUCUGAAAUGCGAAACGUGUGGCCACGGGUUAGCCGAAUGUGUUGGCCAUUUCGGUUAUAUUGACUUAGCUCUACCCGUGUUUCACGUCGGAUACUUCCGGUUUAUUCUUCUUAUUCUACAAACUAUAUGUAAAAAGUGUUCGCGAGUUCUUUUGCCAAUUGAAUUAAGAGAUCGUUAUGUCUGGAGGUUUCGCAAACCAGACCUAAAUUUUCUCGAGAAGAAAGCCAUUCACAAAGAAAUUGUUGACAAAUGCAAAAAAGUUAAAUACUGUCCGUUUUGCGGCUCAUAUAACGGACAGGUCAAGAAAGUGGCACUUUAUAAAAUCAUACACAUGUGUACACCAAAUACGACUUCAAAGUCUAAGAAAUCCGAUGAGGUAUUGAUUGACAACUUUAAUGAAAUUGCUUUUAAUAAUGAAGACAUCGUUGAGUUUAUAAGGAAAACUAAAGCAGAACUAUUAGAUCCGAUACGCGUUUUAGAUUUACUUAAAUAUAUACCAGAAAAAGAUUAUUCACUUCUAGUCAUUCAUAGCCACAAACCCGAAGAUCUUAUUCUAACCAGAGUUACAGUUCCUCCAUCUUGUAUUAGGCCAUCGGUAAUUAGUGAAUUAGAAACGGGAACCAAUGAGGACGAUCUGACUAUAAAACUAAGUGAAGUAAUAUUUGUUAACGACAUUAUAGCUAAGCGUCGGUCCAGUGGUGCACAUAUGGGAAUGAUUGUCGAAGACUGGGAUUUUCUUCAGUUACAAUUAGCUCUGUAUAUCAAUAGUGAGAUAUCAGGGAUUCCAUUCAAUAUGAGACCAAAGAAACCAAGUCGUGGAUUAGUUCAACGAUUAAAAGGAAAACACGGAAGGUUUAGAGGAAAUCUUAGCGGAAAACGUGUAGACUUUUCAUCGCGAAGUGUCAUUAGUCCCGAUCCUAAUCUUCAGAUCGAUGAGGUUGGAGUUCCCGAACACAUCGCCAAAAUAUUAACAUAUCCCGAACGCGUCACUCCGGCCAACAUUGAACUUAUGAGGCAAUUAGUUCUUAAUGGAACUGAUUUACACCCCGGAGCUAACUUUGUUGAAGAUAAGACAUCUGGUCUUAAGACGUUUUUAAAGUAUGGCAAUCGUAAGGCGGUUGCGUCUAAACUCAAGAAUGGGGAUGUCGUGGAAAGGCAUCUAUCAGACGGUGAUAUUGUCUUAUUUAACAGACAGCCAUCUCUACACAAAUUGAGUAUAAUGUGUCAUAAAGCGAAAGUACAUAAACACCGGACUCUUCAAUUCAAUGAAUGUGUUUGUACGCCAUAUAACGCUGACUUUGAUGGCGACGAAAUGAAUCUGCAUUUAUUACAAACUGAAGAAGCAAAAGCUGAGGCAUCGGUACUCAUGGGAACUAAAAAUAAUAUAAUAACUCCAAGAAAUGGCGAGCCAUUGAUUGCUGCCAUUCAAGACUUCAUUACUGGUGCUUAUCUUCUUACACAAAAAGAUAUAUUUUUUGAUCGCGCAAAAGCUAUGCAAAUAAUUUCAUCAAUUAUGGCUGGAUCUGACUCGAAGACUAUAAUAGAUUUACCAAAACCUUGUAUUUUAGUUCCGUGUGCUUUAUGGAGUGGUAAACAGAUAUUUAGUUUGAUCUUAAAACCUAAUAAAAAUAGUAGAGUUAAUGUAAAUCUUAAGACUAAAGGCAAGAAUUAUAGCGGAAAAGAUGAAGAUUUAUGUGUCAAUGACUCGUAUGUCAUCAUAAGAAACAGUCAAUUACUCUGCGGUUGUGUUGAGAAAACGACAUUAGGUUCGGGAUCUAAGAAUAAUAUAUUUUAUUGUAUUUUACGUGAAUAUAAUGGCGAUGACGCCGGGCUUGUUAUGUGGCGUUUGGCUCGUGUGACCAGUUAUUUCAUCGCCCAAAGAGGCUUUUCAUUGGGCAUUGAAGAUGUAACACCAACUAAGGGUCUGAUAGAAGCCAAGACAUCUCUUUUUGAAAAAGGAUAUAAAAAAGUUGACGAAUAUAUUGGAAAACUAAAAGAAGGAAAGUUAGAAACAAUGGCCGGACGAUCGGCUGAAGAAACGUUAGAAUCGAUGAUAAAUAAAGAGUUAUCUGAAAUUCGAGAUCACGCGGGAAAAGCGUGCGUUAAGGAGUUGGGAAACAAAAACGCACCGCUUUUGAUGGCAAUGUGUGGCUCCAAGGGAUCACUUAUUAAUGUCUCACAAAUGGUUGCAUGUGUUGGUCAGCAAACUAUUAGAGGAGAGAGAGUGCCCAACGGUUUUGGUGACCGAACAUUACCUCAUUUCAACCACAAUGAGAAGUCUCCGCUCGCAAAGGGAUUUGUAGAAAAUAGUUUUUAUUCGGGACUCACGACAACCGAAUUCUUUUUCCAUACAAUGGCCGGACGCGAGGGGUUGUUGGAUACGGCCGUCAAAACAGCCGAAACCGGUUAUAUGCAGAGACGACUUGUUAAAGCUCUUGAAGAUUUAGUAUCACAUUAUGACGGAUCUGUUCGCAACUCAUGUGGUGAUGUCAUUCAAUUUAUUUAUGGUGACGAUUGUCUCGAUCCAUCCAAUAUGGAAGACGGUUCUAAACUUAUUAAUUUUGAUCGUCUUCUUCAACAUGUUUGUGCAGUUAAUCCAUGUAAAGAUGAAUCACCUCUAAAUAGUUAUGAGAUUUAUGAACUUUCAAAGAAACAAAUGAGUGAAAUGAAUAUAAAUGUUUCCGAAAAUUUUAAACAAGAUUUAAGCAAAUUUUUGGAUGUUUUUGUAGAACAAUUAGACCAAAUUAAAAGACGUUAUUCAAAGUAUGUGGAUAAUGAUGUCGUUAAAGAGAUAAAUAGAUUGACACAAACACAACUCGAGAGAUUUGUGGCGGCCAGUGCUGACAAAUACUUGAGAGCAAAGAUUGAACCCGGAACAGCUGUCGGUGCCAUCUGUGCUCAAAGUAUUGGAGAACCGGCCACUCAAAUGACAUUAAAAACCUUUCAUUUUGCUGGUGUUGCCUCAAUGAAUAUCACUCAAGGAGUUCCUAGAAUUAAGGAGUUGAUAAACGCAAAUAAAACCAUAUCAACGCCUAUUAUAAGUGCUAUUCUUCAUAAUGGUAGCGAACCAGAUAUGGCCAGAGCUGUCAAAAUGCGUAUCGAAAAGACUACUUUGGGAGAAGUGUGUGAAUAUCUCGAGGAAGUUGUGACAAGAGAUGAUUGUUUUGUUCUCAUUAAACUAUAUAUGGAAAGAAUUAAAUUACUUCGUCUGGAAGUAAACGCCCAAACAAUACAAGAAUCUAUUGCCAAACAAUUGAGAAUUGCUAUUAACAAAAUAUCAAUUGUCGACGACGACCAAUCCAUAAUAACGGUGUCGGCAACCAAUGUCGACACCUGGACUUUGAGAGAAAAUUUAUGUAAAGUUGUUAUUAAAGGCAUCGAUAAAGUUAGACGAGCGGCCAUUCGUGUCAAUGACGAUAAAUAUUAUCUUAUGAUUGAAGGCGAAGGGCUUAGAGAUGUAAUGGCGACAUAUGGUAUUGAUCCGAGACAUACAUUUUCUAAUAACAUUUUAGAGGUGGCGCACACACUGGGCAUUGAAGCGGCCAGAACUAUGAUCAUUAGGGAGAUUAAGACAACAAUGGAGCACCACGGCAUCAGCAUUGAUGAUAGACAUCUCAAACUAUUAGCAGACACUAUGACCUAUAAGGGAGAAGUGUUGGGAAUCACUAGAUUUGGUUUAGCAAAGAUGAAAGAGUCAUCACUUAUGUUGGCUUCGUUUGAACGAACAGCUGACCAUUUAUUUGAUGCGGCAUAUUAUGGACAAGUGGAUCAUAUUUUAGGUGUUUCCGAGUCUAUUAUAUCAGGAAUGCCAAUGCGUUUAGGAACCGGUUUCUUUGAUUUAUUACAAAAGUCUUCAAAAGACAGUGAUAUCGAUGAGUUAAAGACAAGAAAGUUGGUCUUCGAUGACGACAGUCUUCAUAUAAAAUUUGAUUAUAAUAUCGACGAACAAUUUGCUCCACAAUUAGACUCUUAGUAAACCAUUAAUUUGUGAUAAUAUUUAAC